CACGAUGUUUACUAUUCCUUUCAAAUUGAAAGUUUCAAUGUCAUCAUACUUCCGUGAAAAACCAAUAAUAAUGCCAUCCUGCGAGAUCAAUCUCAUCUUCAAUGACUCUGAGGAGCCAGUCACCCUACGUGAUACGGGGAUCAUUAUGCUAGUUCCAGUGAUUCUUCGGUCGGUUCAGUCUGAGUUCCCCGACUUUGAGAAUCAAGAUAACGUCAAGGUUACUUCUCCACUUUCAAUUCCGUUCAAUAAGAAGGCAGGUGUCUUCCUCUUCGAAUAUAUUCAAAAAUAUGUUCCACCAAAUGAUGAUACAAUCCACGAAUUGACAGUCGUCGAGAACUACAAAGAAGCUGGACAGAAGACUUUGGAUGAGCUCAAAGAAAUCAUUGAGCUAGCCAACUUCUUCGAGUGUACUGAUUUCAUGGAAUGUUUGGGAUUUGUGAUCGGAAAGAAGUUGGAAGACAAAUCAGUUGAGGAGAUCGCUGCGUACAUGGGUGUGGAAUGUAAUGCACCGGGACACUUUUUCGAUGAAGCCGAUGGAUGGGUUCAUCCACCAGCAGAUGCAUUCCAGAAUGUCCAAUAGAUCCGAUUCUCCCCCAGUUUGCUCCGAUCUCGUUCUGCUAAUUUUCAUGAUUUUUUGUUAAAUACAACCUCAAUACUUUCAAUUCUCGUUUCACUGCAAUAAAACUUGUUGACUAUA